AUGGCCGGCACGCUCGCCCCCCUCGCCCUCCUUGGGCUCACCCUUGCCGUGCCCUACUUCAUCGGCUACCAGUCCUUCGCCAAUGGCCUGCUCCCGCUCGUCGACGAGAUUUGGGACGCCGGCGCCUUUCCCGACGGCACCCCGCUGCGCACCCACUGGCUCGGCCUGCCCAAGCUUGAUGAGCUGUUCUCCAAGCUCGUCAUCUUCUUCUGGCCCAUCGCCGCCUUCCAGCACCCCGGCCUGUUCCUGCACUCGCUCGCCUUCUCCGGCACCUUUGCCGCCGGCUGGAUGCUCGUCACCCUCGAGACGUGGCGCGCCGGCAACGCCUGGACUCUCUCCGGAUUCUCUGUCCACCUCGGCCUCGCCGCGCAGGUCCUGACCUUUGCCUUUGCCACGCCCGUCUACGGCCUCGUCCACCUGCUCACCAGCCGCACCGCCUCCGCCCCGUCCCGCGCCAACAUGCGCGUCCCCUACGCCGUGCUCUCCGCUUUCCCGCUCGUCUUCCUCCUCGGCAACGCCGUCCCCAGCGUCGCCAUGAUCCUGCCCUUCUCCGCCUCCAACACCGUCGCCGCCAAGCAGCUCUUCACCGCGCUCUGGCAGCCCUGGCCCGCCUACACCGCCUUCGGCCUCGUCGCCGCCCACACCCUCGGCCUCUGCACCGCCGGCGACGCGCCCACCCCCGCCGGCCGCAAAGCCGCCUCCGGCGCGCUGCGCUUCAUCUACGCCAUGGCGUUUGGCAACGCCGCCGUGUCGCACGUAGCCGCCGCGACCGUCACGAUCGGCACCGCGGUCGCACCCACCAUCUUUGCGCCGCACUACGCGGUGUCGCUGCACCCGAGCAAGGUGCUGCAGACGGUCCUGCCGUGGACGAGCAACCCGGUCGCGCAGAUCGCGACCCUCGGCGACGGGGUGAAUGUCUUCUUGCGCUGGGACUACCUGCUCGGCACCACGUCGCUGCUGCUCUGGGCGGGCGUGCUGCACGCGCGCGCGUACAAGCACUACGAGGGAAAGUGCGUCAGCUUGGUGCCGUUCGCGGUCAAAGUGGCGACGCUGUACGCGGUGGUUGGCCCGGCGGCGGCGGCGGUCGAGCUGAUGUGGGAGCGCGAGGAGUUUGUGCUGCAGAGCGAGGACAAGGCGCUCACCACCAAGAAGAAGAAUUAA